AUGCCCCAGAAGCGGCUCACCGCCGAACCACCAGCUCUUACAGAAGAAGAAUUUGAAGAUUCUUUGGCAACAGAUGACUUCCUUGUGGACUACUUUAAUGAAUUCCUAAGCCUUCCAUGUCUCAGUCGUGAACAAGGUAUUAAAUGGAUCAAAAAAGAAAGACUUCCAGCGUUUCUGGAAAGUGAUUGCUAUUUUGAAUACAGGUUAGCCAAAUUGGUCUCACAAGUACGAUGGAGCAAGUCAGGUGUGAAUUUCACAGUAGGUACAAAUUUUUCUCCCUGGAUCCUGAAAAAACCACCCAGUCCACCACCCACUGCCACUGAAGAAGAUAAUCUUAUAAUUAUGAAAAAGUUCUACAUUUCUCUUGGCGAGGCCUCUUAUACUCAAACACAAGAUUGGUUUACAUUAGCAAAACAAAGUCAGCAAACAGUACCAACCUUUUCAUUACUCUCUCCUGUACCACACAGAAAAAUGGAGUCUCCAGUUAUUUCAUCUGUUUCUGAGAGUUUUAUCUUUAAUGAUGGAGUUCACCCCAGGACAAAAAAGGACCCAUUUAAAACUACUAAAUUAAUUUCUGAAUUUGAAGAAGAAGAAGAAGAAGAAGAAGAACAAGGUUCUAUAUCUCUACAAGAUACUCCUUCUCAAGCUCUUCUGAGAAUGUAUCUUGAAAAGCAACAAGUUGAUGAAAGCCAGACAUUGCAUUUCUCAACAUUUGAAGAAUUUUUAAACUCCUAUGUAUACUUCAUUUUGACAUCAGCAAUUCACCAAAUUACUGGAGAGCCAUUUGGAGAAAUCCCAGGCUAUAUAAACUUUAGCAGUAUCACACAGGUGUCAUUUGGUGAUUGUUUUGAAUCUCUCUCUGGCAUGAAUUUUUUAAGAGAACCAAUUCAAACCACAAAGGAAAAGUCAGAAGAAAUGUUAGAACAAACAAGUUUAAUUUCGAAGAGUGAGAGCUCUGGACCAGAGAGAGGGGCUGACUGGUGUGUUUCUCAUAAAACGUAUGACAUUGGCAAUAGAAAGGAGUUUGAAAGAUUUAAGAAAUUUGUAAAAGGUACCUUAGGAGAGAGAUAUUGGUGCCUAUGGAUGGAUAUUGAGAGGUUAAAAGUUCUUAAGGACCCUGGAAGACUUCAAAGACAUCUUGAGAAGAUGAAAAGAUGCUAUCUAGUGAGCAGUGGAGAGUACUACCUUUCUGCAGAAAUCUUAUCAAAAUUUAAACUGUUAGAUGGAUCUCAGUGGACUGAAGAGCAUUUAAAAAAUAUUCAGUCUGAAGUUGUAAAACCUUUACUUCUUUAUUGGGCACCAAGAUUCUGUGUUACUCAUUCAGACUCAGCAAAACAUGCUAGUGCUGAACUGAAAUUCUGGCACCUCCGUCAAGAGAAACCAAGGAAGGAUAUUGACCCUUUUCCACAAAUGGCAACCCUCUUGCCACUAAGACCUAAAUCUUGCAUUCCACAGAUAUCUGAGAUCCAGAAAGAGGACUUCAGCUUAUUACAACCUCCUAAAUCUCCCAAGAAAGCACCUAGAGUAAAAACAGCAACUCAGAAACCUGGGAAGAGUGAGUCUUUGUAUCCAGUUUCUUCUAAGAAUGAUGUGAUUGAGAAAGGGUCAAGGCACAUGUCAGAAAGCAAAAUUAUUCAUUUAACAUCUUUUACUGACAUUUCUGAAUGUCUGAAGCCCCAGCUGGAUCAAAGAUACACUUACACAGAAGAACACAAGGUUAAAACCAUGUUAGAUGUUGGAACUUUGGUAGGAUUUGACAUGGAAAACUUGUUACAAUCUUUGUAUGUAGAAAAUAGAGCUGGAUUCUUCUUUACUAAAUUCUGUGAGCGUUCAGGGAACAAGUUGUGGAAGAACAGUGUGUACUUCUGGUUUGACCUACAAGCUUAUCAUCAGCUUUUCUACCAGGAAACACUUCAGCCUUUUAAAGUAUGCAAGCAAGCACAAUAUCUUUUUGCUACGUACAUUGCUCCUUCGGCCACUCUUGACAUUGGACUCCAACAGGAAAAGAAAAAAGAAAUUUAUUUGAACAUACACCCACCAUUUGAAGACCUUUUUGAUACAGCAGAAGAAUAUAUCCUUCUCCUCCUUCUUGAGCCCUGGACAAAGAUGGUAAAAUCAGACCAAGUUGCUUAUAGAAAGGACACCACUGGUGAAAUUGGAACUAGUGUUUUGUCACUCUCUAACGUCUCUAAAAAAACCAGAUAUUGGAAUAACGUUCCUGAAGAAUACAGGCAUUUUACUUUUAAUGAUCUGUUUAACAACAAACUGGAGUUUGAACAUUUCCGCCAGUUUCUUGAGGCUCAUUCUGCAAGCAUGGACCUUAUGUGCUGGACAGACAUUGAGCAGUUCCGAAGAAUAAUUUAUAGAGAUCGAAAUCAAAGGGAGGCAAAAUCUAUAUACAUUAAAAACAAAUACCUUAAUAAAAAAUAUUUCUUUGGACCCAACAGUCCAGCUUCGCUACAUCAGCAAGACCAGAUAAUGCAUUUAACUGGUGGCUGGGGGAAGAUUCUCCAUGAGCAGCUUGAUGCAUCUGUUCUAAUUGAAGUUCAGAAGCAUGUACUAAAUAGGCUAGAAAAUGUGUGGUUGCCAUUGUUCCUUGCAAGUGAACAAUUUGGAGCACGUCAAAAGAUAAAGGUGCAGAUGAAAGACAUAGCAGAAGAGCUCUUACUACAGAAGCAUGAAAGGAAAAUCGGGGUCUGGAAGCCUGUGGAGAGUAAGUGGAUAUCUUCAUCUUGUGAAAUCAUUGCUUUUCGUAAAGCUUUAUUGAAUCCAGUUACUGCAAGACAAUUUCAACAUUUUGUGGCUCUAAAAGGAGAUUUAUUGGAAAAUGGGGUGCUUUUUUGGCAAGAAGUACAAAAAUAUAAGGACUUGUGCCAUUCUCAUUGUGAUGCAUCUGUCAUCCAGAAGAAGAUCACAACUAUUAUCAACUGCUUCAUUAAUUCCAAUAUUCCACCAGCUUUACAAAUUGACAUUCCAGUAGAGCAAGCCCAGAAGAUUAUUGAACACAGAAAGGAGUUAGGACCAUAUGUAUUUAGAGAAGCACAGAUGACAAUUUUUGGGGUUCUGUUUAAAUUCUGGCCUCAGUUUUGUGAGUUUAGGAAGAACUUAACUGAUGAAAAAAUUAUGAGUGUUUUAGAGAGAAGACAAGACUAUAAUAAGCAGAAAAAGAAAUUGGUGAUCACAGAAGAUGAAAAAUUGGGAAAGGAUGGAAUCAAACAAUACUCAAGUGCUUCAGGGUCUGCUACCAAAACAACUGCUGCAGUCAGUGAUUCCUUCCUAGGCCUGCAAGUGUACGGCCGACAGCCAACCUGGUGCUACUCAAAGUACAUAGAAGCCUUAGAACAGGAGAGAAUUCUUCUUAAAGUCCAAGAAGAACUGGAAAAAAGGUUGAUUACAGGUACAUCUCUCACAGGUUUUAAGCCUACUCCUUCACUCACGUCUUUGAAAAAGAAUAUGGCUAUCCUAAGCCCAAAUUAG